UUGUUUCGAAAAUUACACACUGCAAAACUAACAAAAUGGAGGACACCAGUGAAUCGAGUAGUUCUGCAUUCCACACAGCCGAGACGGAGAACAGCGAGGAUCCGACCACGUCUCAGAAUGCGCCAACAGCGAGCAAGUGCGAAAGCUCGCAGGUUGAACUGGAGAUGGAUAGGGAUGAGAAUGUGAAGAUGGAUGUGGAGGAGAAGCCAGCCUGCAGCGCUGACUAUGAGAGGAGCCUGAAGAAGAAGCGAUUUACGGUCAAGCGAUGGAACAGCGUUGCCAUGUGGGCCUGGGACAUUGCUGUGGACACUUGUGCGAUUUGUCGAAAUUCCAUCAUGGAUCUGUGCAUCGAGUGCCAGGCGGAUCCGAAUCAGAACGACUUCGGGGAGUGCACCGUUGCCUGGGGCGUCUGCAAUCACGCCUAUCACUUCCAUUGCAUUUCACGCUGGCUGAAGUUCCGAUCCGUUUGUCCGCUGGACAAUCGCGAAUGGGAGUUCCAGAAGCUGGGACGUUAAUGUAUCAACUGGGCUUCCCCCUUCCCUUUCACUGAACGAGAGGGGGGAGGGGAAGAGGACUUGCUGGAGUGCGCUCAAGAGUAUUAAGAAAUCGUUGCGCUGACUCAGCGUCCUGAGCUUUAUCAUUAUUUUGUGUUAAUUAUGCAUUUUUCGCCGACUGGCCGGGAGAAGGGUUGAAUGGGGGUGGGGCGGAUGAGCGUCGGGAGUGCAGUGCUUCUCAAUGCCCAAUUAUCAUUUGUGUGCUAGCAACUUUUGCUGCACUUAAUAAAGGAGCUGGCAGGCACACUGAGAAAAAAGUCGCCAUGA